UUCACACACUCAAACUUCACCUUCCUUUCUCUACUGACCACCCAGGGAGUAAGACAUCAUACAAUGUCUGCUGCGAAGUGUUUGGUGUCUCUGAUGGUGGUGCUGGUAGCUGCAGUGUGUGUGGCUCAUGCCCAGGAGAGGAUUAGGAUGUGUGGGAGAGAGCUGAUACGUCUUGCCGUCUCCUCUUGUGGUAACUCUCGGCUAAGGAGAAGCAUCCCAGACAUAGAGCUGCAACAUCAGUACACUUCUCACUGGGACCGGGACACCUCCACAGAGGAGCAACAGGCUACAGAGGCGGUCCAUGUUGCUCCAGAGUCUGACGGGAAGAAUGAUGUCUUCUCCUUGGCUCCUCACUGGUACCCCGUGUCCACUCGGAUUAGACGAGCUGCUGGAAAAAUAUCUGAUAUUUGCUGUGAGAAAGGAUGCAGCAUGAAAGAGUUGAUCCAGUUUUGCUAGAUGUGACUCCCUAACUUGUCCUACGAUAAAACAUUGUCUUAAAAUGAUCUGUGCUGCAAGGUUAUUUACCAAGUUGCCUAAUCUUUGACAAGAAUGAUUGUGCUCUGUUUUUAAUGAUUUAAUAAAUUAUUUACUAUGCCAUGCUGCAGGACAAAAUCACAGUGUACACAGGUUUUUUAUUUUGUGUUAAUAUAAUUUAUUGGCUCUGCUUCAUUGUAGAAAAAGUUUAUUUGCAACCCUCAAACAGCACUGGAAUAAAGCUUUUGA